GGAAGGACGAAUUCAAUCAACAAGUGUUAGACAGCAGAUGGCAGUAACGCGACGAUUUGGAUGACAACUGCCGAUAACGGCGAAGAAGAAGACGAACUCUCGCUGAUAGGCCAAGAGCUGAGCGUCCCGUCCAAUGACUCUGUUGUCCCCGUUUAAAACUAACACGCAAAAACCAAGUACUCAAGAGCUGGGACCCGCCUGCUAUUGAAAUGGAGAGCUUUUUUAGGCAGAAGCUUGGAUUGUCUCUUCAGAAACCUGUUUCUUCGUACCAGUUCAAACUGCCAGAACUGUCUUCUAGUUUCUAUUCAAUUGCAGAUGAACCUUUUCCCCAAGUGUCCGGAUUUCUUGAUGAAACUGUCAGCCCGUCUUUUAUUUCAAAUGAAACCGCGUUAAGCACCCCGUCUUGUACACCAUCUGAAAAUCAAAGAAAAAACAAGCAGGAAAAUGUCACUAAUGACUCUGGACUGAAUUGCUCUUUAGCAGUGCAGAGUCAUUUUACAAGUGGAAAUGCAUCAAAUAGAUCAGUACAGACUGAGAAAGACAUUACCAGUGUAACAGAUUGCAAAGUAGAUGUGGAUGCUGUGCCUUCACUUCAGGCCCUUGCAUCUGCAGAUACAUCUGGUCUCAUGAGUGAGGACUUGAAGAACAGCACGUUUGAUGUGACCCAAGACUUGAAAGAGCCAUCUGACAAUGGUGUUAAUGUGACAGUUGAUCUACAAAACAUCAAGGAGAAGAACGGCACAUUUGAUUUAACCCACAACGUGAAAGACCCAUCUGACAGUGGCACUACUGCGACUGCUGAUCUACCAAAUAUCAAGGAGAAAAACAGCACUUUUAAUAUGACACAAGACUCGAAAGAACAACCUGAUACUGGUGAAAUUAAGACUGUAGAGCUGCAAAACAUCAAGGAGAAGAACAGCACCUUCGAUUUCCCCAAAGACUCGAAAGUGCAAUCUGAGGGUAGUGCUGCUGUCACGGUUGAUCUCCAAAACAUCAAGGACAAGAACGGCACCUUUAAUUUCACUGAAGACUCAAAUGAACGAUCUGAUGCCCAUACAAAUACAACAGUAGAUCUCCGAAACAUCAAAGACAAGAAUGACACUUUUAAUUUGACCCAAGAAUUGAAAGAACAAUCUAAUACUGGUACAAAUAGGACUGUUGAUCAGCAAAGCAUCAAGGAGAAGAACGGCACCUUCAAUUUUACUGAAGACUCAAAAGAGCAGUCUGACUCUCGUACAAAUACAACCGUAGAUCUACAAAACAUCAAGGAGAAGAACGGCACCUUUAAUUUCACUCAAGACUCAAAAGAACGAUGUGAUUUAGCUACAAAUACCACUGUAGAUCUCCAAAACAUCAAGGAGAAGAACAGCACAUUUGACUUGACUCAAGACUCGAAAGAUCAUUGUAACCUUGGUGCAAAUAUGACUGUAGAUGUACAAAUCAAGGACAACACUUUUAAUGUGACUCCAGAAUACAAAGAACCAUCUGACAAUGGUAUUAGUAGGAUUAAUGGUCUACAAAAUGUAAAGGAGAAGAACAACACUGUUGAUUUGACUCAUGAUUCUGGUACUAAAGAGAAUGUUGAUCUACACAACACCAAGAGGAGCACUGUGGAAUCUCAAGAGCCAAAGGAGAGCUGUGACGCUAAUUCAACGGUGGAUCUUGAUGUCCCUAAUGUAAAGACUGAGUCAGGAAGUGCCACUGUUGAUCUAGUCCAGUCACAUGACCUUAAAGAGGGACCCGAAACCAAUGUGGAUAUUCCUAAUAUAGAAAUCACGCAUGCUAAAAUCAUUUCGUCCUCUUUUAACAGUGCACCCUUAAGCACUACUACAGAACAACCAAAUGAAAAGCUUGAUGGAACUAUAGAUAUUCAAGAUAUUCAGCCAAACAAAAAACAAGAUGGUAGUCUGAACUCUGAGGAUGAUAAGAGAAAAAACUCAGAGGAAGCUUAUUCUAAAGUUGACAUAACUGUUGAAGAGGAGCAAACAGGUAGUGCUGCUUUUCAACCUUCUGGCGACAUCAGCAGAAACAGUAUUUUUAGUUUGGAUGAAACGCUAAACAUGAAAACAAACUUCAUGUUUACAUCCACACCUAUAGUUUUUGGCAAAGAGUCCAGAUUUGAAAUACUCAGAGAUACAAAGCCCACCCCUAUGAGAAAGAGGCUGUCUGUGAUCAACAGCAUUGAGGUCCAGUCGAAUGAUGAGCUCGUCUGUACCAGCAAUCAUGAUGGUACUGAUGCCAUUCAGACGGCUGAGCGGUCAAGUCAGAGGGUCUCUGCAACCUGCCCUGCAAAUCACACUACAUCAGAGUCAGCAAAUGAGAACAAGCCUCCCACUAAACCUCCAAUGAAAAGAAGGCUACCUCAGCUUUCCUCUAAGAUCAGCUAUGCAAAGUCCAGCCUUCUUCCACCGCCGUCAUCUAUUAACUCAUCAGUGGCGGUCAAACCAAAGACUGUCAGAGGCCCGCAGGCCCCGCAUCCACCCAACACAUCAUCCACACCGCUGCGUGGCAACAGGAGGACUAUACAGAUGAAGACAAGGAACAUUGCACCUGUCAAAAACACAGCACCAGUUAGCACUGUUAAGACUUCUGUUGUUUCAUCUGUCCCUGGAUAUAACUUCACUGCUGUUGCAAAACCUUCAAACUCUGGUAUACCACAAAUGAAACCAUCUGGGCUACAGCCACCAACCCGUAAAAGACUGGCUCUUAAGACACCACAGACUGCACUAUCCUCUGUGGAUUCUGCUCCAUCUCAGCCCAGUAAUAAAUCAGCUGCAUUACCAGGUAUGAGGACGAGGAAUUCACUGCUUUCCAGUGUGGGCCAAAAGCACUCGAUCAAUGAUGGUUUGCCUUCGGCAAAGAGAAAACGAAUUGGACCUGCUGCUUCAGUAGAGUGUGAUGGUCUGCAUCCAGCUGAAGGGGAGCAUCAGUCAGGCUGUGUUAAUUGUUUGCAACACAAAGAAAAACUUGAGAGCGUCCUGCAAGAACUAAAGGUUUUACGUUCAGCUUGUAAAAACUGGGGACCACUGCAUGAAAAACUAGAGUUGUGUAUAAAGGAAAUGAAGAGAAUUUAAGUAGGUCUUCAACAUUUAGAGUCAUUUGUUAAAUCUUCAAAUCUUAAUUGUUGGGAUAAAUGUCAAAAUGUAUUACGUUUAAAGUAAUAUAAGCUGAAUUGUAUACUUCUGGCUGAUUCUUUCUUUUUUGUGUGUUUUUCAUAUUUACAGGAGUAAAAAAAAAGAAGUUUUAACCUUUCUAGCAUAUAUUUAAAUGCUUAUAAAAUGUGACUCGGUUUACUAAUAAAUUGUAAUUUUUUUAUGAUAUAUUGACUGGAUUGUCCUAAUAAAUUACAGUGCAACAUUACAGUAU